AUGGGGACUGCAAUUUCUUGCCAGUGCCUGGACGCCAGCAAAAGCGAAAACGGCUUCGAGAUAGUGGCGACGCAGCAGACUGAAGGAAAUGAGGGAGACAACACUGCGAAGACGACGGUUUUGAGCGGCGGGGCCACUUACACGGGGGAAUUCAAAAAUGGACUUAAACACGGAUUUGGUGUUUUAGUGAGGCCCUGCGGCUCGAAGUAUGUGGGUUAUUUCAAAGACGGGGUUGCAGAGGGCCAGGGCAAGUUCAUCCACCCUUCAGGCGACACGUAUGAGGGGCAGUGGAAAAACAGCAAAGCCCAUGGGAAGGGAAGAUUCACUCACGCCGACGGCUCUUACUACGAAGGGUCGUGGGUGGAGGACGUGCAGGAGGGCUGGGGCGUGGAGGUGUGGGCGGACGGCAGCAGCUACGAAGGGGAAUAUAAAAAAGGAAAAAAAGAAGGAAAAGGAAAAUUCAAAUGGAAAGACAAAAGUGUUUACGAGGGAGGGUUUGCAGAGAACGCCAUCCACGGCGAAGGCACCUACACCUGGAGCGACGGCAAACAGUACACAGGCGCGAUUAGG